AUGGCAGAAUAUAAGGUAACUGUGUUCACUGCCGAUCGCAUCAGUGCCACCACUUUAAACAACAUCUUCAUUAAGCUGGUGGGCACAGAUGGGGAGAGUGAACGCAAGCAGCUCAUAAGCUUGAGGGGGGCUUCAGCUUUCAUCAGAGGAGCUGUGUCAACCUUUGCUGUGGUCUGUCCCACUUCCAUUGGAAAACUGGUGCUGAUUGAGCUAGACAAACAGUCUUUCCUGUUCUUCCCAGAAGACUCUUGGUUUCCCUCCAAGGUGGUGGUCAAAUCCUCUGAAGGACAAACCUUUACCUUUCCCAUCUACCGCUGGAUCUCUGACAGCGUGGUGCAACACUUCAGGGAGGGAACAGCUCUAAGAGGCUUUGAAGACAGCCAUCGUCUCGGCCAGAACAGUCGAGAGCAGGAGCUUAAGAAGCGUCAGGAGGACUACCGCUGGAAUGUGUAUGCAGAAGGAGUCCCUCACUGCAUAAAGGCAGAUGACCCUCAGUCUCUGCCAUGUGAGGUCCGCUUCUCCUUCACCAAAGAGACUGAGUUCCUUUUCACUUCAUCUACAGGACUAACAGAGCUGAAACUGAAAGGGCUGGCUGACCGUAAAGAGAAAUGGACUAAUAUUGACCAUAUCGGUCGAGUGUUUUGUUGCAAACACACUGACUUAUCGGAGUAUGUCAAACAGCAAUGGAAGAAAAAUGAAUUUUUUGGAUACCAGUUUCUGAAUGGUGUCAAUCCCAUGUUGAUCAAACGCUGUGAUGCCCUGCCCAGUAACUUUCCUGUUACCAAUGACAUGGUUCGGACCCAUGGUCAGGGCAGCCUGACUGAUGAAAUUAAGAAAGGCAACAUUUUCCUGUGUGACUACAAGAUUUUGGAAGGUGUUGAAACAAACACCAUCAAUGGGAAGAAACAAUAUCUGAUGGCUCCACUGGUCCUGCUCCAAAGCACUCCAGAUGAUGGAUUGUUGCCUCUUGCUAUUCAGCUGAGGCAGGAACCAGCUGAAAACAACCCAAUCUUCCUUCCAUCAGAUUCUGAGUAUGACUGGCUGCUGGCAAAAAUUUUUGUCAGAAGUGCAGAGUUUAAUGUGCAUCAGCUUGAUGUUCACCUGCUGCGCACUCACCUGCUGGCUGAGGCUUUUGCUGUGUCUUUGCUGCGCAAUGUGCCCAUGGUUCAUCCUCUGUACAAGCUUCUUAUACCUCACACUCGCUACACUCUGCAGAUCAACUUCUUGGCUCGAAAGAGACUGAUAUCUGAGGAAGGCAGUUUUACCCAGUUUGCAGCCUCUGGUGGAGCAGGUAUGAUCACAAUCAUGAGGAGGUCACUGUCCUCCCUUACAUACAGCUCCCUCUGUAUACCAGAAGACAUCGCAAAGCGUGGGCUGGAGGCCAUACCCAACUUUUACUACAGAGAGGAUGGACUCAAACUUUGGGAUAUUAUACACGGGUUUGUACACGGAGUCCUUGGCUACUACUACAAGACUGAUGCUGAAGUACAACAGGACUCUGAACUACAGAAAUGGCUUUCCGACAUCUUUGAACAUGGAUUUCUUUCCCAGACUGGCACAGGAGUUCCACAGAGAUUCACCACUGUAGAUGAGCUGAUAAAGUUUGUUACCAUGGUUGUCUUCACUGGCUCAGUCCAGCAUGCUGCUGUCAACAGUGGACAGUAUGACUAUGGUGGCUGGAUGCCAAACACUCCCCUCACCCUGCAACUUCCCCCACCAACCAAAAAGGGGGAAGCAACUGAGGCCACUAUGCUGAACACACUCCCAGAUGUCAAUGCAACGGUUCAGGGCAUGGCCACCCUGUGGCUGCUUAGCCAAAAGUCCACUGACUUUGUCCCUCUAGGCCACUACCCUGAGGACCACUUUACUGAGGACACUCCACGCAGAAUGAUACAGGACUUUCAAAGACAGCUUGAGGUGUUAAGUGGUGCCAUCAAAGACCGAAACAAGCAUCUGAAAGUGCCGUACACAUAUUUGGAUCCAGUCGAAGUAGAAAAUAGUGUGGCUAUUUGAAAAAUGUACCGGGUGGUAGUAGUAUUAAACCUGUAUUGAGCUAAUGUGAUGUAUUAAGUUUUAUUGGAACAUAUGGGAACAUCUUUCAUUAUAUUUUCACCAUAUGAAACAGUUCUAAGAGUAUAUUAUUGAGCAAAUUGUUUAUAAUGUGGGUAUUUGCAUUAGUGUAUAACAAAACAUGCU